ACUUAAUUUAUGCAAAUGUCACUCCAUCUGUUCUCCGUGCCAAUCCGAUCGAUCCCUUCAUCAAAACUUGGCCUUCCACCGCAACUCACACGGAAAUCUGUACGCUGCACUCGUACAAGAUUGCGCCUCCAAUCCUCAGAAAUGGCAGAUAAAGAUUCACAGCAGACUUCUCAAAGGCGAUCUGCGAAUUAUCAGCCAACUGCUUGGAAUUCUGAUUUUAUCAAGUCCUUAAAAAAUCACAAUGUUGAUGAAAAACAAAUGCAGAGGGCAGAGAAACUGAAGGGGGAGGUAAAGGCUAUGAUUGGGGAUGCAGAUGUAAAUCCAUUGACAAUACUAGAGCUAAUAGAUGAUAUCCAACGGUUGGGACUGAGCCAUCACUUUCAGAAGGAUAUCACGAGAGCACUAGAUAGAAUUCUUAUGUCUGUGAUUAAUGGAACUAAUCUGAGGGAAGAUCAACUGAUUAGUGUUCAUGCCAUUGCUCUCUGCUUUAGGCUCUGUAGACAACAUGGUUAUGAGGCCUCUCAAGAUGUGUUUCAGAGAUUCAAGGACAAAAGUGGAAACUUCAUGGAAUCCCUAUGCCAGGACACCAAGGGAUUGCUCAGUCUGUAUGAAGCUUCUUAUCUUUCUUUUGAGGGAGAAAACCUUAUGGAAGAGGCCAAAGUAUUCACAAACAAACAUCUGAAGGGCAUAAAGGGAAAGAUAGUGGACAAAGACCUUGUGGAACAAAUAGAUCAUGCACUAGAAAUGCCUUUGCACCACAGGGUGUUGAGGCUUGAGGCUAGGUGGUAUGUAGAAGCUUAUGGUAAAAGAAAGGAUGCAAAUCAUUUGCUGCUUGAAAUGGCUAAGUUGGAUUUGAACAUGGUGCAGUCAUUACUCCAAGGAGAGCUCAAAGACAUGUCAAGGUGGUGGGAAGAUAUAGGCUUGGGGAAAAAGUUGAGUUUUGCAAGGGACAGACUGAUGGAGUGCUUCUUUUGGAGUGUGGGAAUGGUUUUCGAUCCUAAAUUCAGUGAUUGCCGAAAGAGUAUAACGAAAUUGGGAGCAAUCAUAACUACAAUUGAUGAUGUCUACGACAUCUAUGGAUAUUUGGAUGAACUACAACUCUUCACAGCUGCUGUCGACAAAUGGGAUAUAAAGGCUGUGGAAACCCUUCCGGACUACAUGAAGUUGUGCUUCCUAGCUCUCUACAACACUACAAAUGAAAUAGCUUAUGACAUUCUUAAACAAAAAGGAGUGAACAUCAUUCCAUACUUAACAAGAGCGUGGGUAGAUUUAUGUAAAGCAUUCUUGUUGGAAGCAAAGUGGUGUUUUGAAAAAGAGACUCCAACGUUUAAGGCAUACCUGGAGAAUGGAGUGGUUUCGGCAUCGAUGAUGCUUAUAUCAGUUCAUGCCUACUUCUUGUUGACCGAAACUAUUACAAAAGAGGCUCUGGAGUGCUUAGAGAAGAAGGAUUACCAUCCUCUCAUGGAAUGUCCAUCUCUCAUUUUUCGACUUUCCAAUGAUUUGGCCACAUCCAAGGCUGAGUUGGAGAGAGGUGAAUCUGUGAACUCAAUCAUGUGUUGCAUGCACGAAACCAGGCUUUCAGAAGAAGAAGCCCGAAAGCACAUAAGGAAAUUGAUUGACGAGACAUGGAAGAAGAUGAGCAAAGAACGAGUAACAGUGGAUUCUCCAUUUGAAAAACCAUUUAUUGAAACAACUAUUAACGUUGCUCGAAUGUCCGAAUGCACUUACCAGAACGGAGAUGGGCAUGGGGCUCCGGAUAAUCAAGCAAAGAACCGGGUCUUAUCAAUGAUAAUUGAACCCAUUACGCCUUGCUAACCAAUGGUUCUCCAGUUUACUACUAAAAAGGAUAACAGAAAUUAAAGUUGGAAGUUUGCACCACCAUCGUGUGUGGCCCCAAUGAUAAUUUAUUGUAAUAAUUUAAAUCAUUCAUUUUGGUUUAUAAAAUUGACGGCCUGGAUUCUGUCAAUAGUUUUUAAUUUAUUCACCUAACCAUUCCAAUAAUUGAAAAAGAAAAUAAGAAAAAGUUGUAACA